AUGGUUCUCGCUACUCGUUGCGGGCAGGCUACGUCCGCCCUCCUGCGUCAGCGCUGUCUGGCGGAGUCUCGUCGCUCCGCCCUCGCUUUGCGCCCAUUCUCCUCCCAGACUACCGCUCACUCGACGGCUUCGAGUCUCAGAUUGGCCAAGGCCCCUUCUCCGUGGCGACCGCAGCAGCUGCGCUCUUUCUCUAGCGCCCUUCGUCGCUUGGCUUCUGAGACCUCCAGCGCUCCCUCCGCUGAGAGCUACCUCGCCAGCGGACUCGUCAAGCCCGGCAGCAAAUUGGUCGAUGUCAAGAAGGUCCUCGUUAUCGGUAGUGGUGGUCUGAGCAUUGGUCAGGCCGGAGAGUUCGACUAUUCCGGUUCUCAGGCUCUGAAGGCCCUGAAGGAGGCCGGUGUCCAGUCCGUCCUGAUCAACCCCAACAUUGCGACAAUUCAGACCGAUCACAAGCUUGCGGAUGAAGUGUACUACCUCCCGGUUACCCCCGAGUAUGUCACCUAUGUCAUUGAGCGGGAGAGACCCGAUGGUAUCUUCCUCUCUUUCGGUGGUCAGACCGCCCUGAACUUGGGUGUGCAGAUGAACCGCAUGGGUAUCUUCGAGCGCUACGGUGUCCGCGUUCUGGGAACCAGCAUCAAGACCCUGGAGACCAGUGAGGACCGUGAUCUUUUCUCCAAGGCCCUCAACGAGAUCAACAUCCCCAUCGCCGAAUCCAUUGCGGUCAGCACCGUCGACGAGGCCCUGAAGGCUGCUGAGACCGUUGGAUACCCUAUCAUCGUCCGUUCUGCCUACGCCCUGGGUGGUCUGGGUUCCGGUUUCGCUGCCAACCCCGAGGAGCUGAAGAACUUGUCCUCCCGCUCUCUGACCCUUUCUCCCCAGAUUCUGGUCGAGAAGUCUCUCCGUGGCUGGAAGGAAGUCGAAUAUGAGGUUGUCCGCGAUGCUGACAACAACUGCAUCACUGUUUGCAACAUGGAGAACUUUGACCCUCUUGGUAUCCACACUGGUGACAGUAUCGUCGUUGCUCCCAGUCAGACCCUGUCUGAUGAGGAGUACCACAUGCUCCGUACCGCUGCUAUCAAGAUUGUUCGCCACUUGGGUGUCGUCGGUGAAUGUAACGUCCAGUACGCUCUGCAGCCCGAUGGCCUUGACUACCGUGUCAUUGAGGUCAACGCUCGUCUCUCUCGUUCCUCGGCUCUGGCCUCCAAGGCCACUGGUUACCCCCUGGCUUACACUGCUGCGAAGAUCGGUCUGGGACACACCCUCCCCGAGCUUCCCAACGCCGUUACCAAGACCACUACUGCCAACUUCGAGCCCAGUCUGGACUACAUCGUUACCAAGAUUCCCCGGUGGGAUUUGAGCAAGUUCCAGCAUGUCAACCGCGACAUUGGCAGUGCCAUGAAGUCUGUCGGUGAAGUCAUGGCUAUUGGCCGUACUUUCGAGGAGUCUUUCCAGAAGGCUAUCCGUCAGGUUGACCCCCGCUUCGUUGGCUUCCAGGGUGACCACUUCGAGAACCUCGACGAAGUCCUGAAGAACCCCACCGACCGCCGCUGGUUGGCUGUUGGCCAGGCUAUGCUCCACGAGAACUACUCCGUGGACAAGGUUCACGAGCUGACCAAGAUCGACAAGUGGUUCCUGUACAAGCUCCAGAACAUUGUUGACUGCCACCACGAGCUCAAGGACAUCGGCAGCCUCUUUGGCCUCCAGAAGGAGAUCCUGCUGAAGGCCAAGAAGCUUGGUUUCUCCGACAAGCAGAUCUCUCAGCUCGUUGGCGCCUCUGAGGACGAUGUUCGCGCCCGCCGUAAGUCCUUCGGUAUCAGGCCCUGGGUUAAGAAGAUCGACACCCUCGCUGCCGAGUUCCCUGCUGACACCAACUACCUCUACACCACCUACAACGCUACCUCCCACGAUGUUAGCUUCGACGACCACGGUGUCAUCAUUCUGGGAAGCGGUGUCUACCGUAUUGGAAGCUCCGUCGAGUUCGACUGGUGUGCUGUCAACGCUACUCUCUCCCUGCGCAACAUGGGCAAGAAGACUGUCAUGAUCAACUACAACCCUGAGACCUACUCCACUGACUUCGAUACUGCUGACAAGCUCUACUUCGAAGAACUCAGCUACGAGCGUGUCAUGGAUAUCUACGAGCUUGAGAGCGCCAGCGGUGUUGUCGUCUCUGUCGGUGGUCAGCUUCCUCAG